AUGAUCUGUGCCACAAAAGCACUCUAUGUGUCCAUUAUUCCAGCUGUGAGAGCCGAGUAUUCCAGCUGUGGUGAGAAUGAGUACUACAACCAAACCACCGGGGGCUGCCAAGUGUGCCCCCAGUGCCAGGCUGGGGAAGAACCGUACAUGAGUUGUGGUUAUGGUACUAAAGAUGAAGGCUAUGACUGCAUGCCUUGCCCACCAGGCAAGUUCUCGAAGGGUGGCUACCAGAUCUGCAGGAGACACAAGGACUGUGAUGGGUUCUUCCGGGCGACUGUCCUCACCCCUGGCACAGCAGAGAGUGAUGCAGAAUGCGGGCCUUGUCUACCAGGUUACUAUAUCCUUGAGAACAGACACAGGAACAUCUAUGGGAUGGUGUGCCAUUCCUGUUUGAUGGCACCCUCAAACAUCAAAGAAUGUAUGGGCACCAUGCUCAGCGAUUCCGGCAGUUCUAGCAGAUCCUCCUCCUCUAGCACCACCACUUCAUUCCCACAUGCCCAUAAAGACCUGACUGGACAAGGGCACUUGGCUACAGCUCUUAUAAUUGCAAUGUCAACAAUCUUCAUUAUGGCUAUUGCCAUUGUGUUAAUCAUCAUGUUCUACAUACUGAAGACAAAACCCAAUUCUCAAGCGUGUUGUUCAAGCCACUCAGUCAAGGCUGUUGAAGCACAGACCAGCAAGCAGGAAGAGAAGAAGGAAGCUCAAGAGAAUGUUGACAAACUCAAACCAAAUCCUCCAAAGACUGUCAAAAGUGAAAAUGAUGCCUCAUCAGAAAACGAGCAACUUCUCAGCAGAAGUAUAGAUAGUGAUGAGGAGGCUGCCUUGGAGAAGCAAGGGGCCACAGAUUUAUGCCUGCUGUCACUAGUUCAUUUAACUCGUGAUAAGUCCUCAUCCACAAACAAUAAGUCCACUGGGAUUCAGAGUCGAAGGAAAAAGAUCCUGGAUCUCUACACUAAAGCAUGCAGUGUUGCUGAAGGUCUCAGCCCCACUGAGCUGGCUUUUGACUGCCUGGAGAAGACAAGCAGGAUGCUUAGCUCCACAUACAACACAGAGAAAGCCAUCGUGAAAACGUGGCGCCACCUGGCCGAGAGCUUUGGCCUGAAGAGGGACGAGAUCGGUGGCAUGUCAGACGGGAUGCAGCUCUUCGACCGGAUCAGCACUGCUGGUUACAGCAUCCCAGACCUGUUGACCAAGCUGGUGCAAAUCGAGAGGCUGGACGCGGUGGAGUCCUUGUGCACUGAUAUUCUUGAGUGGGCUGAGAUACCGGAGACCUCAAGCCCUGCUCUCUCAUCCAGAUGUGCCAGCGUGUGAGCUGCUGCUGUAGCCUGGACCACUGUAAAAUGAAGAAUAAAGGGUUUUCAACACUCUGCAAUUUCAGAAACAAAACACAUUUAUAUCCAUUUCUAAUUUCAGAUAUGUUUAAGUGCCAUUCUCUGCAAGGAGAACAGCGAUUGUAAUUGAAUUCCAGUCAUGUUAAGAGAUGGACCUUUCAGGCAUUUUUUAAAUGAUUUUGGGAACAGUGUGCUGGACACACUGAGAAAGACUUUUAAUAUUGAUUUACAAAUGAACAAAACUGUUUGGUAUCUGUGGAGAAUCGUGAAAGCAUUAGAACCAAGGAUUUCAUCAAGAGGAACAUUAAUUUAUUAUAACAUUUUUCCAGAUUUCUGCUACCACUUUACUGCAAGUGCCUCCUGACUGUUUUCUUGAAUAAACUGAAGCGAGCAGGGAUGCACAUGCUGUUCCAACACACUUUUUGAUGUUCAGUAUUGGUCACUGUUCACAAAGCGUUAACUAGUUAACCAUACUGUUCAUGGUGUCUUAACAUGAGUCCAGAACAGUUUUGUGAAUGUCAGGCUCUAAAAAUAUUCUUUAAAAUUGCUCAUGAGUUUGUGAACAAAGUCCUAACCUUCUCCUGCAGUAAUAAUGUGCUCCCAACCUGUGCUCAACAUGCUGCUGGCUCUUUUUGCUGCUUGUGGUGUGCGCAUGCACUUACAGUAUAUCCAGCAAUGAUAUUCUUCUCUUUGGCUGUUCCCAGCGUUUCUUCCAUUUUUAUUCAGUGGUUUUUUGUUUGUCUUCAAGGAAAAACUGACCACUAAUGUAACGCAUUAACCGACAUUCCCUUUUAAAGAGGUUUUAUUAUGAGGGAAACCUGAUUUCUAUCCAACCAAAGUGGAAUUGAUAUAAUCUGGGUCAAACCCAAAAUUCAUUCCAAAAUUAUGUCAAAAGAUUAGUUAUUAACACGAGUUGCUAUAAAUCAAGGAUACUUUCUAAAACAAUGAAUCUGUGUCCUUUUUUAAAAACAAUUAAAGGUGUUUCCUUUUUUAAUAAAUAAAUGAGUUGUUAAAGAGUACAUUAUGUAAAAAUAGGACGUGGUUUCAUGCAGUUUCCUCCUUUUUCUGUGCAGUAUGUGCAGAAUUAUUGCCUGAUUAAAUACAAAGAUUAAGAAUUGAACACGUUUUUAACCCUGAAAACAGUAAAAGAAAAAAAAAAACGUAAUUAGAACACUACCACGCUUACACUAAUACAUUUACUGUGUGAUAAUUAAGUACACCUUGCCACACUUAUUUGUUUUUCCAUGCCUUUACUCUGCUGUUUUAUACUUUGCCGUGCCUAUGCUCAUGUUAUAAAGCAGUUAAGGUUAACAUUUGAAACAUUUAAGUAUUUAUUCAUUUAGAAAACCUUAGUGAAACAGUUAAUUUAGAGAUAAACAAUGUAAUUUUUACGACAACCUUUUUUUUUGUUUUGUUUUAAUUGUGUGCUCUUUACACCUCUGGUUCAAAGUGUUAUUUUCCAACAAAUAAUUAAACCCAUAUGGGAGAAACCAAUGUUAAGUGACA